AAAACAAACUUCUCCCUACAUUUUUCCAGAAGUAUAAUCAUCAAUAAUGAUGUCACUUACAUUCAUGCAAUUCCUCUUUGCUUUUAGUCUUAUGCUCCUUGUUCAUGCCCAAGAUCAAUCAGGCUUCAUCAGCAUUGAUUGCGGCAGAGCUGAAAAUUUUAGUUAUACUGACUUGAAUACAGGCAUUGAGUACAUUUCAGAUGCAAGAUUCAUAGACACUGGUGAAAGUAAGUUAAUAUGGCCCAAUCAAAGAAAUAACUACACACAGCCAUACUGGACUCUUAGGAGAUUCCCAGAAGGAACCAGGAACUGCUACAAAAUAAAUGUCACAAGUGGAAUGAAGUAUUUGAUUCGAGCUGGUUUCUUUUAUGGAAAUUAUGACGGCGAUAAUAAAUUACCAGUAUUCGAACUACAUCUUGGAGCUAACUUGUGGGAUACUGUGAGGUUUAAGGAUGCAUCAACUGACAAGAAAAAGGAGCUCAUACAUACCCCCUUGCGAAAUUACAUUCAUGUUUGUUUGGUGGACAUAGGGUCUGGGAUCCCAUUUAUAUCAGCUAUAGAGCUAAGGCCUUUACCUAAUGAGACGUUCCCAUUUGAUAUUUUUGAUCGCGUCUGGUCGCGUUCAUAUAAGGUCGAGGAUUGGGCACAAUUAAGUACACGAUUCACCGUUAACACGAAUUAUCACAAUAAAUACCGUCCACCGUCUGAAGUCAUGCGUACUGCCGCCACGCCGAGAGAUCCAAGUGAUCCUUUGAAUAUCCGGUUGCCGCCUUCUAAUGAUAGCAAUGCACAACAUCAUAUUUACAUGCACUUUGCAGAAGUUGAAAAGCUCCAACCCAACCAGUCUAGACGGUUCAACAUCACUAGGAAUGGAGACCUCUUUUAUGGGCCAGUUGAUGCUCCUAGUUACUUGUACACAGAUACUAUUUCUAGCUCUAAAGCUUUUGGCGGACAACAAAAUAAUUUUUCAAUCUUGAAGGCUGAGAACUCUAGUCUUCCACCCAUACUCAAUGCUUUUGAGAUUUAUAAGGUGAAAGAAUUCUCAGAAUUGGAUACAGACCAAGAAGAUGUUGUUGCAAUCACAAACAUCAAGGAAACUUAUAAAAUUAGAAAAAACUGGCAAGGAGAUCCAUGUUCCCCUCAAGCUUACUCAUGGGAGGGCAUAAACUGUAGCUAUCAUGCUUAUGAGCCCCUAAGACGAAUUAUAACCUUGAACUUGUCCUCGAAUGGAUUAACAGGGGAGAUAGCUCUUUCUAUAUCCAAUCUGGCAAAGAUACAAACCCUGGAUUUAUCAAACAACAACUUAACAGGAACAAUUCCAGAGUUUUUGUCUCAAUUACCAGAUCUAAAUUUCAUAAACUUGGAGAAAAACAAGCUUACAGGCUCAGUUCCAGUUGGAUUAAUUGAGAAGAGGAAUAAUGGUUUGCUAUCACUAAGUUUGUGCCAAAAUCUAAAUCUAUCCGGAAACGUUCCUUGCAAGAAGAACCACAAAUUCAUUAUUCUCGAAGUGGUGUCAAUCUCUGGAAUUUCCAUCCUCUUGUCAAUUGUAGCAGCUAUCUUCUGCUGGGGUCUUAAAAGGAAAAAACAACAGGGAGAUGUCACAAAUGUGAAAGCCACUAUUCAAUUGGGCUCAAUGGAAUCGACAAAACGAAAAUUUACCCACUCUGAGAUACUCAAGAUUACCAACAACUUUGAAAGGAUUCUUGGAAAAGGUGGAUUCGGAACCGUUUAUCAUGGUUACCUAGACAAGACUCAAGUGGCUAUCAAGAUGCUUUCACCGUCAGCAGUUCAAGGAUUUCAACAAUUUCAUGCAGAGGUUGAUCUUCUUAUGAGGGUUCAUCACAAAAACUUGACAAAUCUUGUUGGAUAUUGCAAUGAUAAAACUAGAGUAGGCCUGGUCUACGAGUAUAUGUGCAAUGGAAACUUACAAGAACAUCUUUCAGAUAGUAGUUCAAAUAUCUUGACUUGGAAAGAACGACUUCGAAUAGCAAUAGAUGCUGCACAAGGAUUGGAAUAUCUGCACUAUGGUUGCAAGCCACCCAUAAUCCACAGGGAUAUAAAAUCAACAAAUAUCUUGCUGAAUGAAAAUCUUCAAGCUAAACUAUCAGAUUUUGGCCUAUCAAAGAUUUUUCCAACUAAUGAUGGGACUCAUGGGAGUCAUGUAUCAACUCUUGUUGCUGGCACUCCUGGGUACCUCGACCCCGAAUACUACCUAUCAAGUAGGUUAAAUGAGAAGAGUGAUGUUUAUAGCUUUGGGAUUGUGCUGCUAGAAAUCAUCACAAGUCGACCUGUUUUAUCAAAACUACAAGAGAGAAUUCACAUUAGCCAAUGGGUUGGUUUCAUGCUUGAGAAAGGAGAUAUUUUCAGUAUUGUUGAUUCAAGGUUAAAGGAAAAUUUCCAUGCUAACUCAGUCUGGAAAGCUGUGGAAAUAGCAAUGGCAUGUGUGUCUCCAAAUGUCAUCGACAGGCCAAUCAUGAGUGAAGUGAUUGUGGAACUAAAGGAGUCCUUGGCAACAGAACUGGCUCUAACAAAGCAGAGCCAUGAAACUGAAUCAAGAAUUUCCAUUGAGAUCAUGUCUAACAAUUCCAUUGCUAUGCUUACUCCCUUAGUUAGGUAGUAUGUAUGUAUCUUGCAAUACCAGAACAUUUAAAGUCUUGAAGAAAUCCUUGU